CGGCACUCGUGAUUUAAAAAGGUAACACGGUCCUCCGCCUUGUAAACAGCUUCUCGAACAAUUGUACUGGCCCAGACACUCGGAAAAGGAUACUUUCUCCUCUGCCACACAGUCACACAAUAUUGGACGAUUCGCGGACACCGCAUUGGCUCGGAGAGACCCAGCAACGCAGCAUUAGCAUCGCCUCACCAAGUCAAUUAACAAAAGUCACAAUCAUGCCCAACGCUCCUUGCACAGUCCGGCAUGCUUGCCGAGAGGACGUCCCCGAGAUCCUCGCCAUGAUCCGCGAGCUGGCCGACUACGAGAAGGAGCUCGCCAGCGUCGAGGCUACGGAACAGAAGCUCCUCGACACCAUCGCCUUCGCGGACCCGGCCGUCCCGUCCAGCCCGACAACCCCGCAGACCGAGCCCAUCACGCCGACCCGGCCAGCGCGGUGCCUGAUCCUGACGACCGACAGUGUCUCUGACAGCAGCAACAACAACGACAACAACCAGGCAGGAACGGAGGUCGUGGGCAUGGCGCUCUACUUCUACAGCUACUCGACGUGGCGCGCCUGUGCGGGUAUCUACCUCGAGGACCUGUACGUGCGCCCCGCGCACCGGGGCAAAGGGUUCGGCAAGAGGCUGCUGGUCGAGCUGGCCCGGGAGACGGUGGCCAUGGGCGGGGGCCGGCUCGAGUGGCGGGUGCUCAACUGGAACGAGCCGAGCAUCCAGUUCUACCGGGCCAUCGGGGCCGAGCCGCAGACCGAGUGGAUCGGGCAGCGCGUGGACCGAGAGGCGCUGACCAAGCUGGCGGGAAUGCUGGAUUAGAUUAUUUGGUGUGUGUGUGUAAUGUGGAAGGGUGGUGGGGAGGAGUGUAGUGCAAUCAAAUGCUUUUGUGAGAGCUUCGGAGAAGGGGGAGAAGGGGGAACCCAGGCGUUUGUGGGAAUACUGCGACAACGAUUUUCGCAUUCUCUGCGCGGGGGGAUAGGAAUUCCGGCAUCCCAUAGAGAUAGACCAAGACCUGGUUGCGAUGCAAGUGGUCUCCGUGUUGAACCUGUAUUUCUGAGCAUGCCUGUCGCAGCAGGACACUCUGCAAUCCUGUUCGCAGCACGAUGGCGUGCAUGCUUAAGUAUUUCUAAGAAAUCGCGGCAUAUGUGACGUCUUUGGGGCAGCCAACGC